AUAGCUACCCCGCGCAGCCACCAAGCCAUUUCUCCUACACCUCUCCCUCAUCAAUUGAUUCUUCCCCUAUAGUUCACCUAGACCAAUACGUACAUAUACAGAUCUAUUACUUUUUCCAUCAAGGUAUUAUUUAUUGUUAUAUUGACAGUACAAUGUCGGACGGCAAGACAUUCACACUCCAAAACGGCGUCAAAAUCCCCGCCGUCGGCUUCGGCACUUUUGCCAACGAAGGCGCAAAAGGCGAAACCUACAAGGCCGUUACCCACGCGCUGCGCAUCGGAUACCGUCACCUCGAUUGCGCAUGGUUCUAUCUCAAUGAGGACGAAGUCGGUGAUGCGGUUCAGGAUUUCUUGAAGGAGAACCCGUCAGUCAAGCGCGAGGAUAUCUUUAUCUGCACCAAAGUGUGGAAUCACUUGCAUCGCUACGACGAUGUGAUUUGGUCGUUUGAGAAUUCUUUGAAGAAUCUCAAGGUGGAUUAUAUUGAUUUGUUCCUGGUGCAUUGGCCCAUUGCUGCCGAGAAGGAUGAGAAGAGGAUGCCCAAGAUUGGUCCUGAUGGAAAGUACAUUAUCCUUAAAGACCUGACCGAGAACCCAGAAGAAACCUGGCGCGCCAUGGAAAGCAUCUACGACUCCAAAAAAGCCCGCGCCAUUGGCGUCUCGAACUGGACAAUCAAGGGCCUCGAACAAAUGAAGUCCUUCGCCAAGGUGAUGCCGCACGUCAACCAAAUCGAGAUUCACCCUUUCCUCCCCAACACGGAAUUGGUUGAAUAUCUAUUCAAGAACAACAUCCUCCCCGAGGCCUAUUCCCCACUAGGUUCACAGAACCAAGUCCCAAGCACCGGCGAGAAAGUCAGCGAAAACGAGACGCUCAAAUCCAUCGCUGAGCGUCGCGGUUAUACCCUGGCUCAAGUGCUGAUUGCAUGGGGUAUUCGACGUGGAUACGUCGUGUUACCGAAAUCCUCGACCCCGUCGAGAAUUGAGUCGAAUUUCAAGUCGGUGGAAUUGUCCGAUGAAGAUUUUGCGGCUGUCAAUGCCGUGGCUGAUCACCGUCAUUGCCGGUUUGUGAAUAUGAAGGAUACUUUUGGGUAUGAUGUUUGGGCCGAUGAGGCUUAAUCUCUAUGUCAUGUUUCUGGAAUCUAAUGAGUGUUAUUUAUGAGACGUUUGGUCAAAAAAGAAUGAAGUUGUAUAUCAUCUAUCUCAUUGCAGAUAAAAAAAAAGCUUAGAUCG